GCAGAGAGGCUUCAAGGAUCUUUGGUAGUAGCCUCACAGUCGUCAAGUCUCUCGCAAGAAGAGCCGCCCAAAAUUUCAUCACAGAAUGCCGUGCGCGCCCCCAAAUUGGAGUCACGCCCCGCCCGCCAAUGGACUCACGGACGCGCUCUAACCCUCCCUACUGUAUCGAUGAAGUUGUUUCAAAGAUGGCGGAUUUCCUGCCGUCCCGGUCCUUUUUAUCUGUUUGUUUUCCUAACUGUCUCCUCACUAGCAGUGAGGCAGAACAAUUAAGGAAAUCUAAAGAGAUAGAUAAGUGUAUAUCGCGGGAUAAAACGUAUGUGAAACGGUUGGUGAAGAUAUUAUUACUCGGAGCUGGAGAGAGCGGCAAAUCUACUUUCCUCAAGCAGAUGCGCAUCAUACACGGUCAGGACUUCGAUGAACGGGCAAAAGAAGAGUUCCGGGCUACAAUUUACAGCAAUGUUAUCAAAGGUAUACGGGUGCUGGUGGACGCACGCGAGAAGCUACACAUCCCGUGGGGAGACGUGUCCAAUCAGACGCACGGCGACACCAUGAUGGCGUUCGACACGCGAGCCACCUUGGUGGCACAGGGGCUGGUGGACACUAAGGUCUUCAUGCAGCACCUGCCCUCCAUCUGCGCCCUGUGGGCUGACUCGGGCAUCCAGAAUGCCUACGACCGCCGCCGGGAGUUCCAGCUGGGUGAAUCAGUGAAGUAUUUCCUGGACAACUUGGAAAAACUGGGAAUGCCGGACUAUCUCCCGACACAGCAGGACAUCCUGCUGGCGCGCAAACCCACUAAGGGCAUCCACGAGUACGACUUUGAUAUCAAGAACGUGCCCUUCAAGAUGGUGGACGUCGGAGGGCAGCGGUCGGAGCGGCGGCGCUGGUUCGAGUGCUUCGACAGCGUCACGUCCAUCCUCUUCCUCGUCUCGUCCAGCGAGUUCGACCAGGUGCUGAUGGAGGACCGGCAGACCAACCGUCUGACGGAGUCACUCAGCAUCUUCGAGACCAUCGUCAACAACCGCGUCUUCUCCAACGUCUCCAUCAUCCUCUUCCUCAACAAGACAGACUUGCUGGAGGAGAAGGUGAAGACGGUGUCGAUCAAGGACUAUUUCCCCGAGUACACGGGCGACGCGCACAGCCUGGCCGACGUGCAGAAGUUCCUGGUGGAGUGUUUCCGCAGCAAGCGGCGGGACCAGCAGCAGAAGCCCCUCUACCACCACUUCACCACCGCCAUCAACACCGAGAACAUCCGCUUGGUCUUCCGCGACGUCAAGGACACCAUCUUGCAUGACAACCUCAAGCAGCUCAUGCUGCAGUGACGUUGCCGAUGCAAAUGCACCCCUCACACCCCACCUGACCCCCAAGCCCCCUCUGCCUACCCCUCACCUGUGCUUUGGUCCAAACACCACUUCACCCACCACCUGUCUCUCCUGUCCUAUCUGCAGGAUUCACAUACAUUCACACACAUAUACACACACACACACACACACACACACACACACACACACAUACACACACACACACACACACAACUUUCCCCCUUUCCCUGAUCUCUCCAUGUCCAACCACUAUCCCCGUUUUGCCCCACAAAUCCCCAACACACACACACACACACACACACCUGAGAUGGGAUGGUGUCCCCAGCCCUUGUGCCUGGUUUUAACCAACUGUGGUCCCUUUCUCUGUAAUGCUCUGACCCGGGUUAAGGGGGGGGUGGUCAGGCAGAGGGGACUUUGUAAAUGUGCGGAAUCGCCACCGCUUUCCCUCCCCCACAGAGACUUGAGUGGCAAUGAACCGCUCGCUGCAUACUGAUGCGGGAGGAACGUCCGUCUGUCUGUCUGUCUGUCUCUGUCUGUCUGUCUGUCUGUGUCUGUCUGUGUGUGUUUGUUUGGAGAAAGUAAAUAUGGUGUACAAGCCCGCACUGUCAAACUGUAUACCGUUGCCUUACCCCCCACUCCCCACCCCCAGCCUCUUAGUGGCCGCUCUAAGAUCGACAAACGGUCCUGAGAGCUUAUCUUCUCCUCCUCCCUGUCUACCAGAUGAAAAACUGAUGCAGAGGGCAAAUCGCAAGCAAACCGAAAGACAAAAUGUAGUAACAGUGUAAGUGAAAGCUUUUUUUUGUUUGUUUUCUUUCUCUUUUUUGGUUUGGUUUUGUUUCUUUGUGUAUUGUAGGAUCCAACGGAAACAUCAGAGCACUGUCCUUAAAUGUCGCCUUUUGAGCCUUUUUAACACUGACCAACUACUCGCUAAGCAGCUGACUUGAUGUUUGGAGCUGACCUGUGUGCCAGUGAGCUGCUGUCUGAGUAGCCAGGGUUCAUAAAUGAUUAUUAAAAACCUUCUGGUGUUUGAACAGUUUGUUGUAUGGAAAAAGAGAUGUUCUGAGCCUUUGUCCACACCUUCCAGGCCCACUUUUGUUUUGCUUUUAUUUGUAGUUGUCUAAUCAGCUGUUUUAAAUCUUGAAUCUCUUUAUAAAUAGGCCUAUAUAUAUGAAUAUAUUUACCUAUGAGGAAAAAAAAACUUAACUUAUAUUUCAAGAAGUUUACACUUUUUUGGCUCUGGUGGAUUUCUGUUACAAGCAAUUGGAGAACCUUUUUUUUUUUUUGAGGGGGAGCCCUCGUUUCAUGCGUUCAUAUGUUUAAACAUGCACACACAGAAAAUAAACUGAAUACCUACUGUUUUCUGGCACACAGGGCAAGAGAAGUUCUGGUAUGUCUAUGUUUUUGAUUACUCUCAGGGCUCCUCAAGAUGACCACUUUUGUGUUUUCCUAAAGCCUACAUUCAAAUCCAUUUGUCACGCAAAAGAAGUUCACCGUUCUAAUUGACGGGUCAGUGUUUUGACUGGCUGGACUUUGAUUGGCCCCCUGCUGCUGGCUUCAACCUAUCACUGCCCUGCCCCAACCUUUUCCUGUAAACCAGCUGACUCCUCCCUCUUUUGUUUUUGUUUACAGUGGUUCUUAACGCCAGAAGGUUACUUUUGAAGUGGCGACAGCCAGUGGCGUUUAGAAUUUGCGUUUUAUUUCUUUUAUUUAAUUUUAUCUUAUUUUAUUACUUUUUUUUUUUUGGUUUGUUUUGCAUGUUUGAUCAUGGCCACAAGGUUUCAUUGUCCUGUGACUUAAAAAACGCAUAUGUGUACCUGACCUGACAAGAACCACUGUUUUUAUUUUGGAGGUACCAGUUGAAGCAUCGCCUCCAUUUGAUGUUUCUUUUCCUCUCCCAUUCUGUGGUGUAUGAAACAAAAAAGGGACUGAGUCGGCCUUGUGAAGCCCGCUCCCGGGUUCCAGGACAUUUUGUACAGCCCCCUGCCCACUUGCCUUGUUUGAUACAGGUGUCGUUCUAAGCCCUUUACUCUGGAAAACUUUACUGUAAAGUGAGGAUGGAUGUUGAUUUGUGAGCGUGUUGUUGUCGUGUUGUUUUUGCUGCUCCUGCCUUUCUCUGUUUAUGCAGAUGGUUACUGCACCUCUAAAGCGCAGCCUUGCUGGUGCCUGAAGUGCAAGGGGCUGGCUCUGUUCCUAUAGGAAAUGACCCCUUAAACACACACGCACAUACACCACGCAUACACACACCACACAUUAUUUGUGAAUGUUAAGUUCAACUUCCAUAUAGUAAUGCAUGUGCACACGUACACACACAUUCUCACGCUCCUGUUUUUAACCCUACUCUUCCUUAUUUGUACAAACACGCGCGCACACACACACACACCUUGGAAAGCCCUGCUGCCUGUGGCGGACAUGUUUGGUUGGAGGAGGGGUUGGUAGGAAAAGCAGAGUGGUCUUCUGCCUUUUGGCUCCAAGCCCAGAGGAGAACUCUAACGUUCAGAUUCAGCCUUUAUGAGACCUCUACAUUGGCCUCCCUUGUCCUCACAUACACAAUGCCCCUCACACACAACACACACAUUCACACAAUGUCCCUUACACACACACACCAUCACCACCACUCUUGACACACUCCAGUCUGUGACAAACUAGAACAGACAUGCAGGCAGCACAUUUGGACUAUGAAACCUUUUUCUUUCUCCGAACAGACACACACACACAUGAAAAGAGGUCCUUAGCGACCCUUCCCCCAGCCCCUGGUGCCUGUCUGCUGUGCAUACUGACCCUUCUUCUGUGCUGCACUUUUUUUUUUAACUGUUCAGAAAAAAAGCAACAAAUUAAUUGUAGAGGCCUUUAUUUUUUAUUUUUACCAAGCAAAGGUUAAGGAAGAAAAAAAAACCCAAGACCUUGUUGUCUGUAUGUCGACUGUACAGAUGCUGGUCCAGCAAUGGGUCGCCCUUUCAGUCUCUUCUCUCUGACUUUGACUGCCCUUGAUGACUAACCAAAGGACCCCUCUGACCAAACAUAGAAGGUCCUAGUCUGUUCUAGGUUUCAGCUUGCCUUAAAAAGUUGACCGUUAGCCUGAAUUUUUUUAAACACAAAAAGCGAAUGACUACUCUUUUUGUACAGUGGAAGAAAUAGAAGAAAAAAAUGAAGCUAAUUCUAAUGUCGAGACCAAAUGUGGAACAGGGUUUACUACCGUAGGCAGAUGAGGAUGAGUCACGUCGUGUCACUGUGUCAUCUGGGCCGUCGUCGGCCGCGGGAGGGAGGGAGGGACAUCUCCGUUUCUGUGUGUGCCCGCCUAGCGUGAGAAGGAGCCCCCCGGUGGCUCACUCACUCCCCCAGUCGCUGCACACAGAGUGCCUUUGCCCAGUUCCCUUUCAGUGCGUCAGAGGCCGGAACACAGCCAGACGUACCCAGCACAGAGUGCACGGGGAGGUGGUGACGGUGACGCCGCUGUGUGGGAGGGGGGAGCACAGCUGCCAACCAUGCAGUGCCCUUACCAAUAGUCCAAGCCACUCGUGCCAGCACCACACCACGCCACUGUGCCUGUCUGUCCACCUUCUAAAAAGCGCCAUGUGUACCGCCAUGCUGCCCCCACUGUGAUUCACUGGGUCACGUGGUACAUUUUAGAGCUGUCAAAGUCUGACCCACUUCUCUCUCUCUCUCUCUCUCUCUCUCUCUCUUUCUCUUUCUUUCUUUUUCUUUCUCUCUCUUUCAGCAGGCAAUGAUGUUGGGUCUGGGAGCCCUCUGCUUUGAAAUGUUGUAAUUAUGACCAGUACACUACUUCAGUGCUCUCUCUCUCUAUGCACUGUGACUGUGUGUGUGCCACAUCACUGUGCCAUGUUGGGUGAAAACAGCACGGGGGAAAAAAUGAAACAAAACUGUAAAGAAAAUUAUUGUGUGUCCUGAGCUUCUUCCAAUAAUGCCACCAGAUUUUUUAUAAUGAUUUUUGAGAAGGCCUUGGUUGUGUGUCCCUUUUGUGUUGUAUGUUGGGGGAGGGGGGGUGGGUUAUUUUAUCACAAUGUUUAUGCAACUGAUUCAGUCACAAAAUGGAAGACAAAUUAUUCCUAGUGCCUAUGGAUGGCUUUGUCUCUAAUUUUCUAAUCAUGCGUGUACAUGUACAAUGUAGAACUUUCAUCACAAACGGUAAAAACAGUUGCCCCCAUAUCAGGAUUCGUGUUACUUGCUGUUGAAGUCAUUGUUCAUAAAUGUUCGUUCAUGCAAAACUGCUCUUAAUGUAACCUCUUAACAACUGCCUCUCACCCUGCCAUCUUCUAAAAUAAAGUGAAAGAAAAGAAACCCUGAAA